GCGGGCAGAGCUGGGUAAUGAUUUGUCAUCGCAAGGGCUGGGGUGUCUCUCUUUGUGGAGGAAACCUUGGCCGUGAUUGACAGCAGGGCUGGUUUUUUUGCCACUUCCCUUGCCGUUGACAAGUAAUAAUGAAGCUUUGUCAGCCCAUCAUGGACAUGGAUAUGCCAGAUUAUGUCGACUCCUUGGAUUCCUCUUACACCAUGCUGGAAUUUGACAACCUUCGGGUGCUCCCCAAUACCACCGAGGCCAUCACAACCGAGUCAGCAAACACCAACCUGCUCACCAACGGCGUCAGCUCCCUCUGCUCCAUCUGUGGGGACCGGGCUACCGGCAAGCACUACGGAGCCUCCAGCUGCGAUGGCUGCAAAGGCUUCUUCAGGAGGAGUGUUCGCAAGAACCAUGUCUAUUCCUGCAGGUUCAGUCGACAGUGUGUGAUAGACAAGGACAAGAGGAACCAGUGCAGGUACUGCAGGCUGAAGAAGUGCUUCAGAGCUGGCAUGAAGAAGGAAGCCGUGCAGAAUGAGCGUGACAGGAUCAGCAUUCGCCGGAGCAGCUAUGAGGACAAUGGCUCCCUCUCCAUCAAUGUGCUCACUCAGGCUGAGGCCAUGGCACAUCAGUAUUUGUCGUUGAACCCAGUGCACAGUGCAGACAUUGCUAUGAAGAAGGUUGCAACCAUCAGUGAUGUGUGUGAAUCCAUGAAACAGCAGCUCCUGGUGCUGGUUGAAUGGGCAAAAUACAUCCCAGCCUUUUGUGAACUUCCACUCGAUGACCAGGUUGCCUUGCUCAGAGCCCACGCAGGGGAACAUCUGCUCCUUGGGGUGGCCAAGAGGUCCAUCCCAUACACUGAUUUUCUGCUAUUAGGGAAUGACUUCAUUAUCCCAAUGCACUGCCCAGAACUGGAAAUCGCUCGUGUGGCCACCAGAAUCUUGGACGAGUUGGUGAAGCCUUUGCGGGACAUCCAGAUCGAUGACAAUGAGUAUGCUUGCCUUAAAGCCAUCAUCUUCUUUGAUCCAGACUGCAAAGGCCUGAGUGAGCCUGGGAAGGUGAAGAACAUGCGCUUCCAAGUCCAAGUCAACCUAGAAGACUACAUCAACGAUCGCCAGUAUGACUCUCGAGGCCGGUUCAGUGACAUCCUCCUCCUGCUGCCCCCGCUGCAGAGCAUCACCUGGCAGAUGAUAGAGCAAGUCCAGUUUGUGAAGCUUUUUGGUGUGGCCAGGAUUGACAGCUUGCUGCAGGAGAUGCUGCUGGGAGGAAACACCAUUGAUCUCCAGUACCAGUCAGGACCUCCCAACCUCAACAUGGACCCACUGCCAGGACACGUCCUCCCAAGCAACAUGAGCUCUGUGAUUCACACCACUUCUGACCCAUCUCCUGAACCAUCCCUUCCAUCUCCUUCUACAAGCACAGGCAGUGAAGACUAUAAACUAGGCUCUAGCGCAGGACCGAGCGCUGUAGCGCAACUGUUGCCUCAGACAGUGAUACCCAAGCAGGAGAUUUUAUAGGGAGAGGUGGAAGGAGAAGCUGGGAGCAAUGUGAACACUGUGCUGAAAGUGAAACGGGCCCUUUCUCUUUGCAGAGGCAAAGCACAGCACCCCCCUGCCUGCAGCCGGAUCCGUUGGUCACGCUCUUGCCCGUCCGUGAGUUGAGCACCAAGCACCAGACUGCAGCAGGAGCUCCACCACAGGUCUUCCCACCACCUCCACCCUCAUUUCACAAGUGAUUGAGGACAAUGCUCUUUUCAGUAGGCCCAUGACUGUGAACUCUUUGGAGCAGGGCUUCUGCUUGCUUGGUGUGAUCACAACCCUUUUAAGGCCUUCGGUCGCUAUCUUCAUAAACCCAAAUGCCUCACACAGCUCCUGCUAAUCCUUCACGAGUGCAG